AUGGAUCAGUUGGAACAGAACCAAGCUGUUAUGAGGGAAGAUAUGACCACUGUGAAGGCUCAGAUGGGUCAACUUGUUGAAGCCCUACAAGCUCUGGCUAGGAGGCAAGAGGAAAUACAUCAGGCUAAUCUGAGAGUCGUCGCCGCCAACCCUGUUGUUGUGACGAUACCAGUGAAUCCGCUAGGAGGAGCUGGUACACCUGUUAUAGCUCAACCACCUCUCGAGAAAGGACCAGGAUAUCAAAAUGUUGCCCAGGCAUUCAAUAUCCCUAUCAAUGGGAGAGCUCAACCUGAGAUUGAUGAUCAUCAGGAUGCUUUCUUCACUAUAAAGGUUGAUUCAGUUUAUGACACUUUUGGUCCUUCUUCUGCUGACCUCGAAAGGAGAUUAUGUAUGGUGAAGGAGAGAUUCAAGGUGAUGGAAGGUCCCGAUACCUUUAGGUUAGAUGCUGUCGACAUGUGCUUAGUUCUAGGCGUGAAAAAUCCUCCUAAGUUCAAAGUUCUGAGCUUUGAAAAGUAUCAAGGGUUCACUUGUCCAAAGACCCUUCGAGCUUUUUGCAGAAAGAUGGUUGCUCAUUCUGAUGACGAGAAACUCUUAAUGCACUUUUUCCAGGACAACCUUAGUGGAGCUUCUUUGGAAUGGUAUAUCCAGCUCGAGCGCACGCAUAUACGAACCUGGAGGGAACUUGCUGAAGCCUUCCUAAAGCAUUAUUAG